CCGCGGGCAGAGCCAGAGUCGCUAGAACCCAAGCCCAGGCGUCCCAGUUGCGCCAUGGAUCCUUCAGAGAAGAAGAUAUCGGUGUGGAUCUGCCAGGAGGAGAAGCUGGUGUCCGGCCUCUCCCGCCGCACUACCUGCUCUGACGUUGUUCGGGUGCUUUUGGAGGACGGCUGCCGGCGGCGCCGCAGGCAGCGGCGGGGCCAGCGACAAGGGGCGGCGGAAGACCCCUCCGGUCCGUUGGAGCUUCCCGAUCCCCCGGACGAAAACGACGAGGAGGAGGACGACGACGCGCUGGCCCAGGGCGUGCUGUGUGGUCCCCCGCACUGCUACUGCAUCGUGGAGAAGUGGCGCGGCUUUGAGCGCAUCCUGCCCAACAAGACGCGGAUCCUGCGCCUCUGGACCGCCUGGGGCGACGAGCAGGAGAAUGUGCGCUUCGUGCUGGUGCGCAGCGAGGCGUCGCUGCCCAACGCCGGGCCGCGCAGCGCGGAGGCGCGGGUCGUGCUCAGCCGCGAGCGCCCCGGCCUGACCCGGGGAGCCCCGGCGCGGCCCAGCCUGGCCCUGACCCAGGAGAAGCAGCGGCGGGUGGUACGCAAGGCCUUCCGCAAGCUGGCCAAACUCAACCGGAGGCGCCAGCAGCAGCCACCGCCGUCGCCUGGCUCGUCCGCGUCGUCCACCGCCUCCUCCUGCUCGUCGCUCCCUCGGACCCACGAGGGCGCGUCGGUGGAGCGCAUGGAGACGCUGGUGCAUCUCGUGCUGUCGCAGGACCACACCAUCCGCCAGCAGGUGCAGCGGCUCCGGGAGCUGGACCGCGAGAUAGACCGCUACGAGGCCAAGGUGCACCUCGACCGCAUGCGGAGGCACGGGGUCAACUACGUGCAGGACACCUACCUGGUGGGCGCCGGCCUCGACCUGGACGGAACGGCGCCUGAAGACGAGCCCGAGGCCGGGACGCGGGCGGAGGAGGGGCCGGAGGCGGCGGCGCCCCUGGACGGCGAGGCGCAGGCGGCGGCGCUGGAGGAGCUGGCCCGGCGCUGCGAAGACCUGGCGCGGCUGCAGGAGGAGCGCGCCCAGCAGGAGGAGUUGCUGGAGCGCCUGUCCGCCGAGAUCCAGGAGGAGCUGAACCAGCGGUGGAUGCGGCGGCGCAGCGAAGAGCUGGCGGCUAGAGAGGAGCCCCCGGAGCCCGACGGCGGCCCGGAUGGAGAGCUGCUGCUGGAGCAGGAGCGGGUCAGGACACAGCUCAGCACCAGCCUUUACAUCGGGCUGAGGCUCAGCACGGACCUGGAGGCCGUCAAGGCGGACUUGGAUUACAGCCAGCAGCAGAGGGACAGUAAGGAGCGCGAGCUGCAGGGCCUCCUCCAGACUUGGCGCACUUUUGAGCAGACGGUGGUGCAUGACGGGGCUCUGGGUUCCGGUGGACCCUCUCGGGAACCUCAGCCUCAGACCUGUGCAGAAAUGUGGGUGGACCAGGCCCGGGGACUAGCUAAGAGCUGUCCCGGCAACGAUGAGGACUCGGAUACCGGGCUGAGCUCCAUGCAUAGCCAAGACUCGGACUCGGUACCCCCAGUGUGUGAAUCCCUCGUGUAGAAGUUGUAGGGAGUGACCCUUGACACCUGCAGCGCGCGCUGGCCCGGCCUGCUCAGGGACACGAAAUGAGGCCGUGGGGGGUGAGCUCAGAGUCUCGCGGAUGGGUCUGGAGAGUGGAGGGGGCGCCUGUCAGGCAGUGUGCUCCUCUGACUCAGGGUGAGUGUGGGGGGCAAGGAAGUUCUAAACCUCCUCAGCUUUAGAGGGAGAGGGAGUCAGGAGGUGAGAACCCCUCCCUAUUUAAAAAAACAAAACAAAACAAAACACAUUAGGUAAAUCGACAAGGUCCAAGCCCAUUUUCAAAACAAGAAAAAAAGAAAGAAAAACAUUAUGGACAUGUUUACCACUCCUCUGUAUGGGAAGGACUGCUGACAGCUGGAACUAUGGUCUGUGGCAUAAAGUGCUGUUAAAAGAAAACACUUGGAUGAAAAGGAAAUUCCUUGAAUGUUAAUUGUGACUGGAAACGUGUUAAAACUAGCCAAAGAGGACGCACUAGUGUUGGUCUCUGCCUUGCUUAACAUCUUUGAUAAAACCCAUAGGCAUCAAAA